AUGACAGAAGCAGCAGGAUCCGUAAUGGGGGAGGAUAGGUCACAUCCCAAUCUUCAAGCAUUGGACGCGUUGACGUUGACGUACCCGGGAUUUGAGCGGGAUAAACGAGAAGCAGAGGCAGUUCACCUAGGGAGCUCCAACUUGUCUCUUAGCUUUGACGCGGCCAUUCGGCGGCUCAAGGUAAAGCAACGAGCACACGACGAGCAAAAAUCGAUGCGAUCCAUUCAUCGUUCGCACCCCAACUUGGUGUCAUUGGAUGCGCUCAAGCUGUCCUAUCCAGGUUGGAACGAAGACGCCCAAAGGGCCGAGGAAGCCCACAACAGCAACCCCAACUGCGAUUUCCUGGAGAUUUUGCGCAAGAUACAAGUCAAACAGCUACGAUUCGAAAACGAUAGAAGUCACUACCGACUUGCCGAAAUUGACAAUCUCAAGCUGUCGUAUCCUGGAUGGAAGGCAGAUAUACGGGCACUGGAAAAGUUUCACUUUGAAGAAGCGUUCUUUCUUCCGGGGGAUUCGUUGUUUCAGAGCAAGCUGGAUGGACUGAGACGAAGGCAACAAAUCUACAUUCGUUCCACUAAGCUAAGGGCACACAGACUUGGUCAAACUUCCUCGACGGACCAAACCGAAGAGAUCUCCACGUAUGUUACGCCUGUCAAAAAGCCGUAUGCUGUUCUGCUUGGCAACAAGAACAAACCAAUGCGUCGCCCAGCGGACCCUAUCGAAAGCGACCAACAUGAGACCGGUUCCGACUCGGAAGAUUCGUCGGUAGAAGAGGAGAGGACAGAACGUCAGCAUACGCCAUUAUCCCCACGAACUCCCUAUGCCGUAGUUGUCGAUGCAGAUGCCGCUUCGGGUCACCUAGUAGCCAACGCAACCGCUUCGCGUACACGGUUCGACCCAACCAAUCCGCGCCCGGACCCACCAGAAUGCGACAAAACGAACGCCUUCAGCAAUAGUGGCAGUACGAAGAAUAGCAGUGGCCGGGGCGGCGUGGACUGUGAUAGCACUGGAGGCUAUAAAUAUACACGCCAACGCGUUGACUGUGACGAACAGGUGGCGGUUCGGGACCAGCCAACAAGAGACUACUAUGGCCAGGAAGCAAAAUCGGAUCCUCUGGGCUUUUCCAACGACAAAGACGACGACGUUGAUGACGACUACUACUAUCAUCAAUCUGCACCCUUGGCGUCAUGCCAAAAACAACCACAAACAGCCUGGCCAAGUAGGCUGAGCUCUUACAUUGAUUUGGAACCUAUCCAGGACGUUGAAGAACCAACCGAGGAAGAGCCCAUCCAAGAUGACGAAGAAUCAACGAGUGAAGAUGUCGAUCGGGUUUCGGCACUACCAAGCUCAGUACGAUACCCAUUCUCAAAGAGCUACACACAGAGGGGUAAAUCGUCCACAUAUCAACGCAAUGUUGUGAACCGCUCACAGGGAAUCUACUCAGCCCCACAACUGCCUCUGGACGAGGAGGAACGCUCCAAUGGUUCGAAAGCUUUUUCGCUUGCUACACCGUCUAGCUCCCGUGCCGUCUUCCCAGAAGAUACAGCUUCGCAAUCCAGCACCAGGGCGGUUUGGCAGGAAGAACGGUCUGAACGAUCUGGUAAUAGAUCCAUGGUUUCGGCAUCCAGUUCCAGAGCAGUUUGGGCCGGGUCGCCGAAUCCAUACAUUCCACAAACACCACUCAGUAUCCGACCAGUGGUCCCCAUGCCUGAAACGCCUCCGCACCAAUUCUCGUCGCGGCUCAGGGGCAGUAGUAGUAAGGGAAGUGCCAACCAACAUCAAAACAGUCGAAAGGCGACAAGCGAUCACUCAGGAAUCCGGUCCAUGGGCAGUGAGGAGCCACGCAGCCGAGAUGCCCCCAUCGAACAAUCUCGCAACCGCAGUAACGUCAACGAUCAGGGACGAGUGAGACGGGCACGUCGUGCCGCUGAAGCAGACAGGUCCCGGGGAACUCGCAACGCGCCCCGGUCCGUUUCCUCGAAUGCUACGAGCACUUCUGGCGCUCGCUCCAGGAAACUCGGUCGAUGCACCAUAUGCGGCGACACAGACAAGAAUCAUGUUUUCGUUCCAUGUGGCCACUUGUGCGCAUGCAAGAAUUGUGCGGGGCAAGUGAUUAAGAGAAACAUGAAGUGUCCAGUGUGUCGGGGGAGUGUCACCGAGGCGAUCCAGGUGUUCUUGUAG